GAACUGGAAUCAUGUAACAGAUUAAAUCCAAAUUAAAAUAUUUGUUACACAAAUAGCAUUUUGAAGCGAUAAUACUUGACUUUAGUGGAGUUAUUCUGGAUUUGCUUUUGAUCUCAUUAUGCUCUUAUGAGAUCAAAACCAGCUAAGCUGAUUUGGGGGUGGUGGUGAUGCAACCCUUUUGCCAUGGUGAAAGAUACUUUUCAACUUCGUAUCAUACUCUGCAUUUGCCAGCUUUGUAAAAUUCUACCUCAGCACUUAGGGAAAUGAUCUGUAAUACAAUCUUAAAUUUAAGAGCACUACACAUAACUUCUUCUGUGAAUCUCUUUUAUGGAAAAUACCCAUCCAGUUUCACUUCUGUGACUCUUGACCAUUUCCGUGUGUGCUGCUGAUCUAGUUCCUCCUUUAACUUUUUAGAAAUGAACUUCAGAAGAUGUUUUGACAUCAGGAUAACAAAAUAUUUUCAUUUUCUCUGUCCAGACACUGAAGAACUUAGGAUUCACACAGGACUUACCAAGUUACUUAGGAGAUAAAGCCAUAGCCCAUUGCUGGUGCAGGAGGAGGACGACAUAAUAAUGUGUUUUUUCUCAGACGUAGAGCAUUUCCUCCUAUAACCCUAUAUCCAGAUUAUUCUGAUGGUUAUUGUUUGGCUAAAUGACUGCAGUUUCCCAGAGCAUUAGAGAUACAACUCCCACCCGCUUUAUUGUACCAGCAGUGUCUCAGUAUAAGAAAAUGUUGAUUUCCUUUAUGCCAGCAUAUUUCUAAAGCAUGUUCAACUGUUUCCUGCUGAAUUAUAAAAGAUUACGUGGAGGCAGUAAGCACAGUUUUUCAUGUGUUGGGAUAGAAUUUCAUGUCAAACAUAAUGCACAUUCGUGAUUUAUCUGCCACCCCUCUUUUCUGACUUUUAUGAAGUGUUAUUCAUUCAUAUAAAUGAGUAGAAUAGCAUAAAGAGGGUUGCUUUCUCCUCAUAGGUGUUGCUUAGAUCGUAAGUUGAACAAAGUAGCAAGCUUCUUUUGAAAGACCACUGGCAUGGUGUAAAAUCUGCUGAAGUAUGUUUUACUAUAACUAAAAACAAAGUCAGAUGCUGCACUGUAUCUUUAUUUUCACUUUGUAUGCAGAAGUGCACAGUUUUCCUGAACAACACGAACUGCCAUAUGCAGUCAGAUGUUUGCAUUGCAAGUGUGAACAUUAAGACGUGAGCUCAUGUGCUGUGUUAGUCUUCAGAAGACCAGUUAGAGAACUUUCAAGUUCAAGUUACAGAGUAAAUGCAGGGCACAAAGUACCAAAGAUAUUAGCAACCAAGAAGAACUGAAGAAUUUCCAGCAUGAAUCAAGCUGAGGAAAGCAGUAUGCACUCAAUAUAGAAUAUUGUUAGGUCAGUAGUCUGCAUAGUACUGAGCUUGUCAUUUAUUAUUGGGACCCCUGGAAAUUGUAUCGUCAUCUGGACUGUUUGUACCAAAAUGAAGUAAGCAUCUCCUUCAGUCCUUCUGAUCUUGAACCUGGCCAUUGCAGAUGUGUUGAUUACUUUACCAAUUUGGAUUUACUCCUUCGCUGACUCAUGGGUUUUUGGAGUCGUCCUCUGCAAAACACUGGUUUUCAUUACUUACUGCAGCAUGUAUGCUAGUAUAUUUUUAAUUACAGCACUGAGCUUGAAGCGGUUAAUGGAAUUAACAAAACAAAAGAUUGUUUUAAUCAUAUUCCUCAUUUGGUCUAUUACUUUUGGCAUUUCUGUCAUUCCAUUUCAGGCGACAGAAGAAAUGAACUGUCAACUACUAUACACAUGUCGCAACUACUCUUCUAAUGGACAGAAAGUGUCAUAUCUUUUGCUGGAGACUCUUGCAGGUUUUGUAAUCCCUUUUUUAAUUAUUUGCACUUGUUACAUGUGUGUUGCAAGAAGAAUAAGCAGAAUGACUUACCAAUCUAAGUGGCGAUCAGAGCGACUCAUUGCCAGCAUUGUGGGCAUUAACCCUCUACUUUACGCUUUUGCUGCACGAAGAUUUCAGAAUCACCUGAGGUUUGUCAAGAUAGCAAAGCUGUUUGAACAGAUGGGUCAGACUGUAACAGAGGAAGACAAGAGAAAAAGUGUGGUUUUAACCAGGCAAGAAGAUGCUUUAGUAAGCACAGAAAAUCUCUAACAAGGAACAUAGAACCCUGAUGAAUAAUGUGAUUCUUUGUCCUUCCCUCAGCAGUCCUUUCUUCUCAUACUCUGAGUUUCCUUUACUAAGCAGUCCAGGCAAAACUAGAGCUAGGUAAAAAAUAUUGGGGUUUAUUUUGUGUGUUACAAAAGAAUUGGCAUUGACGGCCUAGUUCAGUUCUUAAGUUAAUAUCUGCAUCCUGAUAUUAGCACUGGUGCUGAGAAUCUCAGCAAGGUGGCUAGAAGCUCAGAGUGUAAGGAAUACAGCAUUUUUACUUUCCAUUAAAAUUAUCUGUGAUUUCUAGAAAUCCUGUGUGCAGGAAACAGAAAAGGACUGUGUGUGGAAAACAGAAGCUUUGACAGUUUAAAAUUAAGUUUUCUUUCUGAAAAAAAAAAACCUGUAAGAUCAUCAAAAAUGCUUAUAUAAUGUGAAGUUUUUAGAGACCAUACUUAAAUUCCUGUUACGGUUGAGAAUGGUUUUAGAGUAUAUUAAUGGCACACAAAACUUUUGGGCAGAUGGAAAAUAAAGUUAUUUUUAUGCGUUGCUUAAUUUAGGUUUGAAAGUAGUGAUGAUUAUUUACACAGUCAAGCUCAUUUACUGAAUUAUGUUGUCUUAAUAGGUUUUAACAGGUAUAAUGUGAAUUGUGAUGUGACUUUUCAGAAAAAAAAAAAACAACCCAAAACAAAACAGGUACAAGUAUUCUGUGUUGUAUGGCAAACAGAUUUACAGACUUCAUGAUAUUAUUUUUUUUGGGUCACAAAAUUAUGGCAGCAGCACAAAGUGUCAAAUAUCAUAUGAACUUCACCUUGCCAAUAAAAGCAUUAUUUUUUCUUCUCUUGUGAAAUAGAGUGAAUAAAAAAGCAAUAAAUUUAGCACUGGCGAGGACCUUGUUUUAGUUUUGUGAAUGUGUGCAAACUCACCGUGGGAAAACAUGGCAUGAAGUGGUGGCUUUUGAUGAUUUUUUUUUUAUUUCAGUUGUGCCUAGGAUUCUUUAUGCUUAGUCUUGCUUAUUUUUAAGGCAGUAACUUAUAGUUAGAUAAAGAUAACUAGUGAUUACUAAGAAACAUUGUAAUUUCCUGUACAUUGUCUGGACAGCUGCUAAGUACCUGUUACUAGUCUUUACAAAGAAAUUCCAAAUACUAACUAGAACUUAAUUUUCAAAAUCUGAUUAUGUAGCAGCCAAGGAUAUUUAAACUGUAUUAAUUUAACUCAUAAAUAAACAUGGGGAAGUAAAA